CCGAGAUCUCGCGAAGUGGUCACGUGACGUGAACUUCUACAGUUAUUUUUUCAGGCAUGAUGGCGCCAAAUGACACUAUCUCAUAUUAUUUAGAUAUGUACAUUCGUGGGCCUUCUCGCAAGUAAAAGUACCAACCCCAGCUAUGUAGCUGCAAAGCUGCAGAAGACGGGGGUUCUUUUAAAGCUUAAAAAUCAUAAUGUCACAUCGAUCCAAACGUCAGGUCAAUCGCAGUGAUGAUUGUCCAGUGCCUACCAAGAGGCGCAAGGGGCGUCCGCCGGUGGUGGAGGAGGAGGAGGCGUCCUCCAUGGACCCUGGCUGGACUCCUAAGCCCAACAACGACCUCAAGAUAUCCAGCAUCUACAACCGCAGUGCCACCGAGGCUCCAGCCGAGCUGUUCAGAAAAGAUCUGAUCAGUGCCAUGAAGCUGCCAGACUCGGAGCCACUGGGGGCUGAUGAAUACUGGACCAUCUCGGACCAGUGGAAGCAGGAGUGGGAGCGUGGCGUGCAGGUUCCCGUCAACCCAGACUCUCUACCUGGCCCUUCCGUCACCGUAAUCAGCCAGCAUCACCGAGGGUUCAACGACUUCCGUCUGCCUAAAAACAAGUACAUCCGCAUCACAAAAGAUGAAAGCUUCCGAUUCGACGAACACCAUCUCUCCAACAUGCCAGCAAAAGCCGAGAAAGCUUGUUCUUACGAUCUUGACGAAUGUGAUAUUGCGUGGCUUGGGAUAUUGAACGGAGAGCGGGCCUCAAUGGGUCUUCAGCCAAUCCGAGAAGAUCAGUUGGAGAGGGUGGUUGAAGAGUUGGAGAUCAGAUGUUGGGACAAAGUCCAAACCAUCGUCAAGCAGGAAGAGGGCCUUGGCAUUGAGUUUGAUGAAAACGUCAUCUGUGAUGUCUGUCGUUCUCCGGACUCUGAGGAAGGCAACGAGAUGGUAUUCUGCGACUGUUGCAACAUCUGCGUACACCAGGCCUGCUACGGCAUCACUGCUAUCCCCGCGGGCUCGUGGCACUGUAGGACGUGCGCGCUGGGACUGCGGCCCGAGUGUGUGUUGUGUCCCAACAAGGGAGGAGCCAUGAAGUGUACCCGGUCUGGCCACAAGUGGGCUCACGUGUCCUGCGCAUUGUGGAUCCCAGAGGUCAGCAUCGGAUGUGUCGAGCGGAUGGAACCCAUCACCAAAAUCUCCAGUAUACCGCAAAGUCGGUGGGCCCUGAUAUGUGUGCUGUGUCGGGAACGUGUCGGAGCUUGUAUACAGUGUUCAGUCAAGACCUGCAAGACAGCCUACCAUGUGACCUGCGCCUUCAAACACGGCCUCGAGAUGAGAGCGAUCAUUGAGGACGAGAAUGCUGACGACGGCGUCAAGUUAAGAUCUUACUGUCAAAAACACAGUGUCAGUAGUAGUAAAAAGGACAAAAGUGGUUCAGCCUCUGAAGACGAAGAGUGUAAGAAGAAAAAGAGGAAAGACAUGACAUCUGAAGAAAAGAAUCAAGCAAGAGCUGCAAAGCUGCAAGAGAUCGAAGCUGAGUUCCAGAAGCACGUGAACGUGACGGAUGUGACACAUGCUCGCGACGAGGUAGAUCAGGAGGGGGUGGUCGCAAUCUAUAACUACUGGGUGUUGAAGCGACGCGCCGGCUACAACAAGCCACUGUUGGCACCUCGCUCAGAGGACGUAGACCUUCUCACUAAACAGCAGGAGCAAGCGGAUGUGGAGAAGAUGAGAAUGUUCGUACAGCUGCGACAGGAUUUGGAGAGGGUUCGCAACCUGUGCUACAUGGUUAGCAGACGAGAAAAGUUGUCCCGCUCUUUCUUCCGGCUCCGAGAACAGACAUUCCACAAGCAAGUGUCAGUCCUUACGGAGCCAAGUUACACUCUCAGCAGCACAGAGUUGACAGCUGUAAAAGAAGCUAACCACGGGCCUUCCAUAUAUGACAGGAUGUAUUCCCACGCUAACGCUCCAGAACUGAGCACCGACUUUGACACCGUCCUGGCGAGAAUCGCUGGUAUCGCUUCCCCUACACCUGAAGACAAGGGAAAACUCGACUUAAAUGGGUUAGUCAAAUUGAGUAAGUCAGAUAAUCCUUAUAAAAAAAUGUACUUUAACGGAGGCGUUGUACGUCGCAGAAGUAUGUAUGGAAGCAUGUCCAGUGGAAGUGAAACCGACAGCAAGUUGAGGCUACAUAGAAUGGAUAUAGACAGUGCGGUCUCAAGUGGUGAUGACAGAAAAUCGAAGGUGAACAUUGCAACGACCUCAAAGAAAAACUCAUUAAUGAACAAAGAAAAGAAAUUGAGUAAGAAAAGAGCUGUGUCUCGUGCAGCUGUUGACUCUUCCACUGAAGAUGAAGUGAGCACCAAAUCCAAACCAUCAAAAGCUAAAUGGGAAUCGCCUAGGAGCAAAUCUCUAAGGCAGAUGGAAAAAGAACUUACGGAUAAGUCCGGACCGAGUGAUGAUAGUGAUGAAAUAAUGACUGUUAAAACUAGUAGCAAGAAAGAUUCCCAAAAAAUCAGUGGAAUUUAUUCUGAUAGUGAUUCUGAACCCUCCGCUCUUGAUGAAGAUACAGCUCCCAGUGACUCACAACAACUUACGAUGCGAACAAAGGCUGCAAUGAAAGAGUUUUGUGCUGGUGGUCAGCAGAGUAAGAAUAAACGAACUAAAAAAACAAGUUCGAGAUUACAGAGGAAUGAGAAGGAUGACGUCAAAGAUGAGAGUUCUGCAGAUGAAUACCAAAGAGAGAAAGAAAAUAUCAAAGUAUCCAAGAAAAAGAGUUCUACUGAAUCUACACCUACUGAGUUGAUUGUCCCACAAAGACAAGCUGCCAAAAAGGCAACUGAAAGUAUGCGUGGUAACCAAGUAAAAACUAAGCCUGAUGUUGCUGCCCCAGACCAAGAUUCUCCACCUAAAGAUGUGUCUCCUAGUGAGGAAUCUAAAUUAAAAACUAAUAAAAAUAAAAACAAAGACAAUAAAGAUCUGAAAAAUAUUAAAGAUGCAAAACUAAACAAUGAUGUGUAUGAAUUUGAUAAAGAAACUGGUGAUACUAUUGAUAUUCUCGCUUAUGUCCCUCAACGCCAAGCAGCUAAAAAAGCAGCUGAACACAUGAAAAGUGGAAGAAUACCAGGUUCCCAGAAACAACCUUCAACACCAGAUCCAGAUAUAGAAAACAAAGGGAAAGCACCAGACUCCUUAAAGAAUAAGAAAGAAACAGACACUAUCAAAACCAAAAAAGAUGUUGAAAAUGAUAGAACUCAAAAACAAUCAGUAAAAUCUCCUGAGAAGAAAGGAAGACGAACAUCCAAAUCUUCCGUAUCAACAUCGUCUUCCUCAGGAAGCUCUUCGUCUGAUUCUUGUACAACAACAUCAAGUUCUGAUAGUGAGGAUACAGAUUUAAGUCCAAAAAAGACAAAUGAUAAGAAAGGCUUAUUUGAGCCACCUGUCCAGGUUAAAAUUCACAGACAAGAUAGUCAAGAUAAAAAAUCUAAAUCUCCAGAAAAGAAGAUUCAACCCAAAAAACCGGAUACGCCCUUUCUUGACAAGGGACAGCAAUCCGCUGAAAGCAGUUCUUCAACCCCUUCUAGUUCAGAAUCAGACAAUGAGUCACCCACAAGGAGGACAUUGUCACCCUCUCCAAAGAAAUCUGCUGAUACUGUCUUGCAAAGAAAGGCCUCUGAGGUUAAACCCCAAGAACAACAAAGAAACAAAGAUGAUUCCUCUACAAAGUUGGCUGCCUCAAAGAAACUCAGGAAAACGCCCGAUAAGAAGCUUAAAACUUCCGACGGGCGGCCUGAGCUUCAAUUUCAGCAGCCGCCUAUUGAAAGAGAGGAAUCAACCCGAUCCAAAAGUAAACCUACAUCACAAGAUAGGAAGACUAGAUCAAGUUCAAGUGAUAGACUCAGACAACUUGAAGCCAAACAUGGAGAUACUUCUUUCAAAACCCAUACCACAGUUACCAGUCUUAAAAGUCGAAGCAGGUCGAAUACACCCCAAGGUGAUGAAAAAUCUUCAGUGGAAAGGACUUCUCGGUCGCCACAGAAAAAAGAACAGUCCAAGCGAGAUAGAAGGGAGAGAAAAUCAAGUGACAUCACAGAGCAUAGUCCGGAAAAGAAAUCAGAAGAGUCUCGUGAUGAAAUCAGCAGGAAAGAGAAAAACAAGUCCCAAUACAUUACAACUGAGGGCCAGAAAAUUAAUAAGAAGGUAAGCUUACGAAAUGAACACAAUCCAAGCGCUGCUAAAAAACUUGAUUUGGCUGAUCAACAAAGUAAAAAGAAUUCAGAAACAUCUGAAAAGCUCACAACGAAAACAAAAGACAAUCUUUUUGUCAAAAGAGAUAAUGACAGAUUGGGGACUCAUAAUGAUAACAAGUAUGCGGAAGAAAAAGCACAUUUGAAUAUUUCUCAAGUAACACAGUCCUACCAUAGUGAUAAAUUUGAAAAGACCGGUCAACAGAGAUCACUUACGAGAUCUCAAAAACAAAAUGAAGAUAUUUCCAAAGAUACUAAUGAAGAUAGCUCUGAUGAAUCUGAUGGAUCUUCAAGUUCAGAAGAAAUUUGCAUCGAUGAAGUAGAAACAAAGACAUCAGAUAAUAUAGCAACCAUUACAAAACUUACUGAUGCAGAAGCGAGUAACAACAACAUUCGAAAUCUCAAUAAAGAAAGGCACACUAUUGAUGAGAUCAAUGAUGAACACAUCCAAAAUAUUAAAUCCAAUACUCCAUUUAUUAAAGUCAGCCAAGAUAAAGAUAGUGCUAACAUUUACUCUGUGGAUGAUUGUAUAGGUCAAGCAGAUAUUGUCCUAAGUGAUAUUAAUUUAAAACAUCUAAGACCAGGCGAAAAAGAAGCGUAUGAUGGAGAACUACCUAAUAGGCAUCAAUUUAAAAGAGAUAACCAUGAUGCACAUGAGUCCCAAUUUACAAAAGGUGGUUCUACUUUUGAGAAUGAUUCAACAUCAAGACACCACAUUGUAUCCAAUCUUGGAAAAGAUAAAAGUAAUGACAUUCAUUCAGGUGACUUCCAAGUUGCAGAUUCAGAAGCAGAACCAAAGAAGAUAAGCUCAAGAAAUUCAUCUCUAUCAGCUCCAUCUUACCAACAUCGCUCAAUAUUUUCACCUCAACAACAACCAAAAGAUGCUGCUGUAGCUGAUCUAUUUGAUUUUGGAAAUGACAUGCUAGCAGUAGAUGAAACCGUCAAUGAUGAUGGUUUUGGUUUGCCCCGAAAUUCUGAUGAAAUUCUACGUGCUCAACCUUUGACCUUUUCUUUUUCAAAUGACAUUUUAUUCAAAGAAGAUUCAAAAGAAGACAGUGCCCGUGAAACUCUCAAUCUUGUAGAAAAAUUAAGAUUAGAGUAUGCCAAGAAAACAACCACCCAAUCUGAUUUGUCUGAGCCAAUGACCCCUGGAUCUGAAUUUGCUUCUGCACAACAUGAAAUUCCUGAAGAUUCUAAGCAAGACUUGAAUUUAGAGCCAAUACCUCCUGAAACACCCACCCCUGUAGAAGCAGUUGAAAAUGCAGACCCACCCAAAACUGAAAUUGAGUGUUCAGUAAACGUAAUAGAACCAAUAGUCGAGCAUCAGCCGAACAUUGAUAUGGUAUCUAUGGACCAAAAUAUGAUUCAACCCAUUCAUGACAAAAAGCAUGAAAUCCCUCCACCUUAUCAUCAGGCAGAUCCAUACUCAUACCAAUCAUGUGCAAUGCCAAUUGAUGUUGACAAAGUUCCUGGACGAGACAAAGUAGAUCGAAGCAACAGUGCACAAGCAGAUGAGAGGUGGGUCCCUCCCAGUAAUAUUCCAUCCCACCAUUAUGAGCCCAUACCAUCUCCUUAUACUGAUGUCCAUGGAAGAAAUAAAUGGGCAGAAAGUGAAAUUCUUCCUUCUAGACGCUCUUCUUCAUCCUCAGCUUCCUCCACAUCGUCUUCUUCCCAUCGAGAUGAUGUGGAUCCAGGGAAAAGAGAAGAACCAUCCUACCAUGAUAUACCUCCUCCGACUCCAAGUAUACCUAAUAUGUUGCCUGAAUUGGUGCAAUACCCAACUCUACAUACCAUGGCAUACGGUCCUUGUGCACUCCCAGACGGUCAGCCAUAUCAUCCAUACUCAGAGGCAUCACAGUUUGUUGGUCCCGUGGGAUUAUUCCCUCCGCAAAUGCCUUUCCCAGGUACAAACUUAUAUCCUUUUGCUGGAGCUUAUCCUGGGGCGCAUGGAAUGCUGCCCAAAGUGGAUGAUACAUUGCAUAUACCUCCAGCGCCUUGUGCUGCAGCAUUUACAUCCUCAUCACAUAACAUGGCCCUAACUGCAGCAAUGGUAUCACCCAACCCACCUUUAACUCCGAUGACGCCUUCCAACAUUCAUGAACCUCCAACACCUAUGACUCCAGCACCAUUUCCUGAACAAUGCCGGCAAGUUCAACCAACUGAAGAAUCUCCAGUUCAGAAUAUUGAUUCUUAUAACCAUAUUCCAUCUGAAACUCAAGUCGAACAAGCACCACCUCCAUCUCUUCCACCUCCACCACCUCCCCCUAAACCGGCCCCUGGUAAAAAGUCUCCUGCAAAACCAACUAGGUCUUCUGCAAGGGUUAUUCAGCAACAGAAAUCACCAGCAAAAUCACCCGGAAUAUCACCGAGACAGUUAGAACCUCCCAAAACCCCUUCGAGAGUACGAGAGCCAGGCACCACCAGAGGUAGAGGGGGAAGAGGCAGCAGAGGAGGAGGAACCUCACGAGGUAGAGGAAGGGGUCGAGGUAGAGGAAGAGGUCAGAUUCAUCAACAGUACCACCAUAAUUCAGACCCGAAUGCUAUCCACAGUAAACUGGCAGGAACUGUCUAUGACUUUGAUUUUGAUGAUGACAUCGAUAAUAGUUUGGAAAAUCUGAGAGCGAUGCGUGAGCGUAGACGUUCAACUGAUGUUCAUGAAAGGAAAUCAUCUGAUAGCUCAUUUUUGUCAAGAGAUUCCUCAUCUUCUCCUAAAUUUACUAGCCCUCAUCACAAUUCAAAACUUAAAUCAAACUAUUCAGCCGAUGUUAGGGAACUCAAGCCUCCUACUCCCGUCAGUCGCCUGACUAACCACAAUGAAGAGGAAAAUGCAUCAAGAGUGGGAAUUGAAAACUUCCCUGAUGUAGUACAACCUAUGCUGCCAGGACCUGUAGAUAUGAGAACUUACAGUUCAUACGAACAAACAAGUAGCAGCUUGUACCACGAUAACCUCAUCGGUGCUUUCUCAUCUAACACUGCUGCUGAACAGCAAGACUACAGCAUAGACGAUUUAGAACAUCUAGCUCAAUCUAACACUUCUCAGAACAAACCUCUGAUUGAAAACAAAAAGGAUGCUCAAGUACUUCCUCCGACUGACGCUCAAAAUGAAAUCACCACAAAUAUCGUAAGAGACCCAAUGAACGACUCGCGCAAUCAGCUAAAGGUUAAAAUUAAAGGACCCUUCCUAGAUGCCAACUAUGCCUCAACUGUCGUGCCAGCUGCUCAACCUGUGUUGCCCCCGACCGCUCCAGACUCCAGUAUAUCAUCUAUGCCAUCCUCCGUCAAUGCCUCCGGACCAUCCAACCUGAGACGGAUGCGCAAGAAGGAACUCCUGAGGCAGUACUGGACACAAGAGAACAUGGAUGACCCGGCAGCUGCUGUAGCUACAGGUCAAACUGCCCCACCUACGGCCGCACCACCUCUCAGUAGAACAGUGAUCACUAUUCCGAAAGCCGUAGCAUCUAUGACUAGCAUACCCACUCGUGAGGAUUACAAGUUCUACAAUGCCGGAAUAGACACCAGCAACGAUAAAAAACGCAGAAAAGAUAAACCGUCCGAUUUAGAUUUUGAUGAAGACACUGACAGGAGAAACAGCAAUCUUUCUGUCGUGCCAGAUAAUCCUCAUCCGUUCAAGAGAAGAGGCAGACAACCUAAAACAACAACUGUAACCACUCCCAAACUUAAGAUCAAGUUUGGCACUACAAACUCUGUUGAAUCCAGCGGUCCAGUGGCUCCAAGUAAUGACGAGAAAAAGAAUCUGAGAGAGAGGCCGCCAAAGAAGAGGUUGAGCAGUGUCCCGAUGCCAUCUGUGGAAGAAUUAAAGAGAGAAAGUAUGAAGUUUAGGAAAAUGGUAAUGGCCGACUUUGACGAAGAAGAGAAGCAAAAGAGCAAGGAGGUAGUCGGAAGUCGCAGGAAGAAGAAAGGAGAUAAGAGUUUCACCGAUGUUCCUAAAGUGAAAGUCAUCACAGACGGAGAAACGCCCAAGUUGAUCAUCAAGCUCCCCAAGCGCAGUGACGACAGCGGCAGCGGGAGUGUACCUUCGCAACAGACAGUGGUCCCUAGUGAUAGUCCACCUCCCCCCUCCCCCACCGCCGCCAGGACUAGUGAGUGUUCCGAGUUAGACAAAGUAAGGACGUCCAAAAUAACUCCGAUAAGGUUAAAAUUUGCCCGGUGCGAAGAAGGUUACAAGAUGAAGAAGGAGACCUUAGAACCUAGUAGUGAAGAGACACCUCCUGCAGUGCAGGCGCCGACCACGAGCACCCUCCCGCUCAGUCAAGACUGCGUGGUGAGGUGAUGCUAGUGGCAAUUUUAAGCAAUUUAAUAGGUUAUAUCAACGUUUUAUUGUUUUGUUUUAUCCGACAGUUUUAUAUACGUUGAUAACUAGAUGCGAUCUGUUAACCUUCACUAAGUGAUGGAUUUACGGUUUACUCAAAGUGAGCCUGAUGUGUACAGCCUUCGAAUAAAGUAUAUAGCUACUGAAAAGUGAUAUGGAUUUGUAAAAUUGUACUUGUUAUUAUAAUAUUUAUAAAACUGUGAAUUACUAGGUCUGUCAUGUAAAAUUCCUCUUUUGUUUAAAUGUAUAUUUGCACAUUGUAUGUAAAUAAGGUUAUGACGUUUUGACGAAAGUGCAAAGGAAAAAUAGUGUACAAAUGUCAAUUACGAUAGCUGUUUGUCUGUACUUUAUGUAAAUACUCUACGUGUCCUAUUGUUUGUCGAUUGUACAUGAAUGUGCUGUAUUAUUUGUACUAUUUUUUAGAGUAUUUUUUAAUAUAUGUUUGUAAAAAAUAUAAAUAUGUCAAAUAGAUAUAUUACAGUCUUAAGUGUAAUUUGUAAAUGAAUUGUAAGUAAAGUUUCAAUUUAAUAUUAAUAUUAUUUGUAUGUACAGAGAUUAUAUAUUAUUUUUCCUUUCACAAUUUAAUAAUCCUUAGAAAUUAAUUGUUGGACAAUGUAACUCUAUUGAUCUUUUGAUGACUUGAUAUUUUGAAAUUUGUUAUAGUUGAAGGAAAUAAAAUAGGAUUCAUUCUAUUAUUCACUAAUAUAUCCGAACAAAAGAAAAUACAGGACAUUUUGGGAUACAACUGGGGCCACCAAUUUGAAACAGUUCCUCCAGGAAAUUUUUUAAAAUACCAACCAAGAAUGAUAUUUUAUUUCAAUAGUAAUACCAACAAAUGAAAUUUACCGAUUGAGUAACUCCUCGACGGUUAGUAAUAGCAACUUAUCUUUUACAUAUAAAUUAACUAUUAAAAUGUUUAUAUUAUAUAUUUGCACUGAUCAAAUUCUAAUUUUUUUCAUCAGGGCCCUCAAAAUUGAAAAAAAUAACACUCAAUUCUUUUUGACAUCCAAAGGACCUGUUUUAAAAAGCAUUAAAAUUGUAAAAACAUUUCUUUUUAUUAUUUCAACAUACUAUUUAUUUUUUAGAAGUUGUUUGGAUGUUUGUAAAACAUGAAAUAUAAAAAAAUAGAUCUGUAAAGGUUUUAGACCAAUUAUUCUACUAGUUUUUGUUUUCACUAUUAAGUUUCACCUCUUUCCACUUGUAACGGAUGAAUUUAAUUGGUUUAGAAUAGUUGUUUUAACACCAAAUGCUUGGUAUUAAACUAAUAACAAUCCAACGAACACGUCAUCCAGAUCAUACUGUGUAUUUAAAACUAAAUUGAAUGAAUAUUCCACUAUACAAAUUUGGUUGAAUUUAUUUGUUGAUCCUAUUAUGAACUGUAUUUCUUUUAAUAACAAUUUUAUUCAAUAAACUAACUGAAAUUUUGAAAUUUGUUUCGGAUGCAAAAAUUAAGCUUUAGGACAACGUAUGCUAUAUUAACUACUUGUUAAGCUGCCGUAGUAUUAUAUACACCUUGAUUAAUAUAUUUCAAAUUUAGUUUCAAGUUAAAUACUGGCUUACCAUUGUAAAAAAGUAUAACUGAACAAUAUUGUUAUUUAAAUUAAUUCCCAAAAUACACAACUUGCUUACUAUAUGAUGCUGGAUUAUAUUUUCUCCUUGCAGGUAGAUGUCUAAUGUUAUGUUUUUAAUCAUUAUUCUACCUGACACAUACUUUAAAUUGGGUAAGGAAAUGAUGUCCUUGAGUAUUUUUAAUUUAGACUUGGAUAUCUUGUGUUAAAGAUUAAUUUACAAAUGAAAUAAAUUUGUGUGUGACUUCCAAUAAAACAUUUUUUUUAUGUUAUGUAAAAGUUAUAUCCAUCAAUGAAAAGGUCUGAACAAAAUUAACAAACAUAAAAAAUAAUAUAUUUUUUUUGCAACUAAGGGCUAACAGAGGGUUGUUUGGUGUUCAACAAAAUAAGGACAAAGAACUAUAAGUGUGAAAAACUGUCAUGGCGGAUUGACAUCUCUUUUAAUCAUAAUGGUUGUAGAUUUUUAAGAUGUCUGAGCAAAGUUAUUGAUCUCCCACGCCCUUUAGAGGAUUUAAAUUGUGAUACUACUGGCAGAUUAAGAAAGUAAAUAAUAUUUUUGUGAAAUUCGUCGGGAUGUGCAAAUUGUUUGAAUGUAUUUUUAUCAUAUUUUUAAAAAGUUCUAUUUAUUCUGUGCCAAUUAUGUAGAUGUUUUUUAUGUCAAGCAGGUAAUAAGUAUCUGACUUUUUAAAAAUAUAAGUAGUUAUUAAUUGUUGAACUAGCAUGUUUUUACUUUUUUUGUUUUCCUUUUCCCUCUUAAAGUAUCUUAUCUUAUGUGUAUUAAAGAAAUACUCAAGUUGGUUUGGUUAUUCAUUUAGUUUCAAUCAAAACUUAUAUUAAUAAGAUUUACAUAAAUUACUCCUGUCCCAAAUGAAAAAUUUUGCUCAAACAAUGUUUGACUGUAUUUGAUUUUUCUUCUCGAUGGAUACACCUUAAAUCUCGUUUUUAUGUACAACAAAAAUAAAAAUCCUUCGAAUGUUUUACAGUUAUCUGCUGCUGAGUUUCCUAAAAAACAAACAUAUCGGUUACUUUUAACAGUUAACUUUUGGUCUCAAAAUCUCCCUGUAACCACCAGAGCUUACAAUUAAUAUGUCAAUAUUAUGUUUUCUGUAACUGGAUAGUAAUACUAUAAUUGUAGUAAUACUAUAUUGUUCCAUGUAAGGUCUUAUUCAGAUAACUCUGCAACGAUCUUCAUUUGAACAGUCAUUUUUUGCUUAUACACAUUAUAAAUUUCAUUUAGGAAUUUCUAAAUUGAAAAACAGUCAAACCCAGCCUAGAACUUCAACAGUUUGAUUAGAUAAUGAUUGUGUUUAAGUACGUAGCAUUUAAACUACUAUAGAUUGUGUUCCUAGACAAAAUUUACAUUUUAAAUGUUUUUUUUAAUGUACUCUGUAUUAUUAAUAUACUCUAACAAAAAUAUUAAUUGUAGAUAUAAAACCUACUAAUGUGUUCGGGAUUCACAAACCUUUUUAAGCUCACUCAUAUAAACAAUAGCUACUAAACUUUGAGGAUGGUUCUUUUACUUGUAAAAUAAAUUAAUUUUAACUUAACUAAAUGAUUAAUAAUAUUUAUUCUUAUUUUGGUAAUGUUUAGUCACUAUUUUUCCUAACAUGCUUACUUAAAGAUCUCACUAAUUAAAGAGUUUAACAAUCAAAUGGAAGUUUAGCGAUAUAAGUAGCAUUGUGUAAUAAGAUUUUAAACUCUAAGGCGCACAUUUUACUCUUGUUUUUUUAGUAAUAAGCACAUUCAUGAAUACUUGUUUGAUUCAUGGUUUUAUUUAUGAUACAGUAAAUUCCUUUUAUUCAUUUACUAAACAAGAAACACAUAGAGAAUCGACUACUUAAUUUUCAAAUUUAUAUAUGUUAGUUAUGAAAUACUUAUGAAUGUAUAGUUGAUCUAUGCUUUUCCCGUUAAAUUUGGUCAAAAGAGAUAAUUAUUACUUUUUUCUAGGACAAUCUUUUGAAUUCUAUGUGUUAACUCUCAUUAAUUAAAUGGAUUAUAUAAACCAAUAUACGUAAAGUAAAAUAUAUUGAUUUGUACUUUAAAAAUCAAUAUAUACAUAUAUAUACCUGUUUAAAGUAUAGUAGAUUUAUCGAAGGGUUUAUAAAAAUAUUCAUUUCUAAUAAUUGUUAUCAGUGAAUUAUUGUUAACAUUUAUAAAUUGCGUCAUAGGUUUUAUUACUUUUAACUUGAAAUUGUAUGUUGUUGCUCUCUUGUAACCAAUACGUUAAUAAUAUUUCUAGUCUCUAAGCUAGCCUUGGACCACAGUAAUUUUGACUAUAUUACUUUAAAAUGCUGGUAAUUGUUUGUUUUUUACAUAGGAUACAAACAGAUAUGACUUACCGAGUUCUCUAUUAAAAUUUUCAUCGCCAUUAAAAAAAAAUGUUUGAGCAUGCUGUGGUUUUCUAAAAUCAAUUGUUAAGUUUUAACGCUGUUGAACCCUUAUUGCACAAGAAGUAGUUGAUUAUUAAUCCCUGUAAUUAAAGUUACAGAUAUCUUCUAUCUUCUGUUUUCUUUAUUUUGUUAUCUUUUUCAACUGUAAUGAUUAGUAAUAUGUUUAGGGUAAAUUUGUACAGGUUAUUGUUUUGUACAGAAUAUAUUGUUUUGGUUUUAUUUUUUUAAAUAAUUUUUUCUGGAUGUAAUAUUGUGUAUCAGCAUAUAAUUUUAUCGACCUCUGUAAAUAUUAACGAAAUGCUGAUCUUGUAAGAUAUAAUGUGUUUUAA